AUGACAAACUUCAAGAUCCAAAUCAUCUCCGACUCCGUCUGCCCGUGGUGCUACGUCGGCUUCAAACGCCUAUCCCGAGCAAUAAUAACCCACAAAACCCAACACCCAUCCGACACAUUCAACCUAACCUGGAAAGCAUUCUACCUCAACCCCGCCUCACCAACAUACCCCGGCGAAAACAAGCGGGAAAUGUACGCGCGGAAAUUCGGCGCCGAGCGCGUGGCGGCUAUGUUUGCGCGCCUGGCCCCCAUCGGCGAGAGCGAGGGUAUCAAGUUCUCGUUUGGCGGGAAUACGGGGUCGACCCGGGACUCGCAUCGACUGAUUUGGUUGGCGGGGGAGGUUGAGAAGAAGCAGCAGCAGCAGCAAGCUGGUGCUGAGAUUGGGGGGAUUCAGACGCGUGUUGUGGAGAAGUUGUUCCGCGCUUAUUUUGAGGAGGAGAAGAAUAUUACCGACAGAGAUGUUUUACGGGAGGCGGGUGUUGGUGCUGGGCUGGAUGAAGGUGCUGUGAAGGAGUUGCUUGAGGGUGAGGCUGAUGAGGGGGGUGAGGAGGUUGAUGCUGAGGCGGCGGCUGCGUCGGGACGGUUGGUUUCGGGGGUGCCGUUUUUUGAGGUGCAGGGGAAGUAUGCUGUUGAGGGGGCGGAUGAGCCCGAGACGUUCUUGGAGAUUUUUCAGAGGGUUAAGGAUGAGGAGUAG